CUAUUUGGCAGCCAUUUUGAAGUUGUCUGCUCGAAGCAAGGAAGUGCUGUCAAGCACAUUUUUAUCGAAAGCAUUGGUCGGAGGAACCUUUUAUGAAAAUGAAACACCGAAACACAUUUGGUUUAUUGUUUUCACGCUCCACAUGCAUGCUCAUUGCAAUGACCCUGCUGUUGGUUCAUGGAUCUAGUGGGGAAACACUACAACUUAGUGGAAACAAUUUCAAUAAUAUUAUCUCUACACAUGAACUGGUUUUUGUCAACUUUUACGCCGACUGGUGCCGAUUCAGUCAAAUUCUUAAACCGGUUUUUGAAGAAGCUGGAAAAAGGAUUAAAGAUCUUUACCCGGAUCAAGGAAAAGUGGCAUUUGGAAAGGUAGACUGUGAUAAUGAGAAUGGUAUAGCAACUACAUACCAUAUAUCUAAAUACCCAACUUUGAAGUUGUUCCGCAAUGGACAGGUAGUAAAGAAAGAAUACAGAGGUCAAAGGUCAGCUGAUGCCCUUGCAGAGUUCAUCAAAGGUCAAGUAGAAGAUACAAUAAAGCAGCACACUACAAUGGACGAGUUAGAUGAAUUAGAGGAUACCAAGCGAAACAUGAUUGGUUUCUUUGAAGAUAAAGAGACAGACAGUUAUAAAACAUUCCGACGGGUUGCUCUGCAACUUAGAGAUGAUUGUGUGUUCCAUGCAGCGGUUGGAGAAGUAUCAAAUGGUGAAAGAGCUGGUCUCGGUGCCAAAAUAGUAUUCCGUCCACCUCAUACUAGGAGAGAAGACAUUGCCUAUAAUGGAGAAAUGAACAACUUUGAUCUUAUGUUACAAUGGAUGCAAGAGAAAUGUGUUCCCCUAGUUAGAGAAAUAACUUUUGAAAAUGCUGAGGAAUUAACAGAAGAAGGACUGCCAUUCCUGAUAUUAUUCCACAAGUUAGAUGAUACAGAUAUAACUGAAUCUUUUAACAGAGUUGUACAGAAUGAAUUAUUACCCGAAAAAAAUAGCAUAAAUUUUCUAACUGCUGAUGGUACAAAAUUUACACACCCCCUGCACCAUUUAGGAAAAACAGCCAAUGAUUUACCAGUUCUUGCUAUAGACAGUUUUAGACACAUGUAUGUUUUUAAACAUGAUGUCAGACAAGAUCUAGAAACACCAGGUUUAGUAAAGCAGUUUAUAGCUGAUUUGCAUUCAGGCAAACUUCAUAGAGAGUUUCACCACGGCCCUGACCCAGUUGCCCCACCCAAACCAGUAGAACAGCAAGCAGGACAUAUUCCUCAUGAACCCAGUGAUAAACCAGAGCAGCCCACAAGUCCGCCAGAGUCUGCUUUCCAAAAAUUGGCACCAUCUGAUAACAGAUACACUAUAUUGCGACAGAGAGAUGAGUUGUAGUGUUCUGUAUAUUUUAACUACAUGACCAUCUUUCAUUUGUUGUUAGGUAUUCUCGGCAUCUGAAAAUUUAAUUUAUAUUGUCCCCGCAGGGGAGAUACAUAUAGAAAUGGCACAGUCAGUCUGUACAUUAUUUUAUUAGUUUUUCAGAAACAGUGUCUCAUCUGUCCUUACUGGCCAGUGACAGCUCAUGCUCUUUUUAUGUAGAUUUUCAUUUAAUCAUAUCUGUUAUAUACUGCAUUUAGAUAUGAAAAUUUGAGUCUCUGCACAUUUUAGCUAUACGUUUUUUAAUCGGAUAUCUGAGUAUUUUCUUAAGAAAUAGAUAAAAUAUGAUAUCCAGUUUAAGGGUAUGAAAUAAUUGAUGUUUAUUAAGGUAGUGGGCACGUAACAGUUAAUAUGUCUGGUGCAGUUGCCCAAAGCUUUUUAUACCAGCCAGGGAAGCAAAAAUUGCUUUUGAGGAAUGCAAAGCCAAGCCGAAUUUACCUUAAUGUUAAUUCUUUUAAGAAAUGAGAAAUUGGAGUUUGUAAUGCAAGUAAAGGGCUAUAAUUUAUAUUACAUUGUACAUGCAAGAUCUACUUUUAAACUUACUUUUACACUUAAUAAGAAAAGAUGUUGACAGUAGCUUUAACUUGUAAACUCUGAGAUUUGUAUUGAUUUUGACCAGUAAAUGUUUCUUUGUCCUUGUCAGUCUUUCUUAGUAGAAAUAUAUUUAAUAGCAUAAUAGUUUGACGAAAAGUUUACUUCCUCUGAAGAGAAUAAGUUUUAAGAUAUGUAUAAGAAGUUUUCUUCCUACGCCAGUUCCAGCAAGGAAUGAGAAACUGAUCAGUUUGGUUUCUUAUCGGCGCUGUGCCCAGGUUUUGGAGGAAAACAUCAGUCCAUUGCGGACAAAGGAAUAUUAUUUUUCUUGCCUAUUAUGCUCAGAGAUAUUAAUUCUGUAUAGGGAUUGCAUACUAAUUAUUUGGAUAUUUUCUGGUAUUACUUGUAUAGGAUAUGAUUUCAUAAUAUGAAAUAGAACGAUAUGACGUCACGUUAGUCCAAAGAGCCUGCUGUUUACUGGUAUGCAUCCCUGGCAUGGGAUUGGUAUACUUUAUUCACUAAAUUUAGGGGCAAGAAACCUUUUCAAAAGCUUUGCAUUUCAUUUUUGUAUAUAAUUCUUCAUUAUUUCUUCAGCUUUCUUGUUACAGGCAAUUUGUUUAAGACUCUCCAGUUUAAUCAAAUACAGCUGUUUAAAAUUACAGGAACAAGUGUGGCCUGAUAUUGUAAAGCAAUUUUUUCCUGAAAUUUCUCCUGCUUUACUUUAAGGAAUUUAUUGUCAGUUUUAAACUGAAUGUUAACGUAUGUUAUAACCUUUUGAGAAGCCAGUAGUGAUUUCUUUUUCAUACAGAAAAAUAACUGUCCUAAAACAGUUACAUCUGAUGUUUUUACUUACUUCAAAGUUGACUUCUUAUAUUGCUUUUUUAGCUCACCUGUCACAAAGUGACAAGGUGAGCUUUUGUGAUCGCGCGGUGUCCGUCGUCCGUCCGUGCGUCCGUCCGUCCGUAAACUUUGCUUGUGACCACUCUAGAGGUCACAUUUUUCAUGGGAUCUUUAUGAAAGUUGGUCAGAAUGUUCAUCUUGAUGAUAUCAAGGUCAAGUUCGAAACUGGGUCACGUGCCGUCAAAAACUAGGUCAGUAGGUCUAAAAAUAGAAAAACCUUGUGACCUCUCUAGAGGCCAUAAUUUUCAAUGGAUCUUCAUGAAAAUUGGUCAGAAUGUUCAUCUUGAUGAUAUCUAGGUCAAGUUCGAAACUGGGUCACGUGCGGUCAUAAACUAGGUCAGUAGGUCUAAAAAUAGAAAAACCUUGUGACCUCUCUAGAGGCCAUAUAUUUCACAAGAUCUUCAUGAAAGUUGGUCAGAACGUUCAUCUUGAUGAUAUCUAGGUCAAGUUCGAAACUGGGUCACAUGCCUUCAAAAACUAGGUCAGUAGGUCAAAUAAUAGAAAAACCUUGUGACCUCUCUAAAGGCCAUAUUUUUCAUGGGAUCUGUAUGAAAGUUGGUCUGAAUGUUCAUCUUGAUGAUUUCUAGGUCAAGUUUGAAACUGGGUCACGUGCCAUCAAAAACUAGGUCAGUAGGUCUAAAAAUAGAAAAACCUUGUGACCUUUCUAGAGGCCAUAUAUUUCACAAGAUCUUCAUGAAAAUUGGUCAGAACGUUCACCUUGAUGAUAUCUAGGUCAAGUUCGAAACUGGGUCACGUGCCGUCAAAAACUAGGUCAGUAGGUCAAAUAAUAGAAAAACCUUGUGACCUCUCUAAAGGCCAUAUUUUUCAUGGGAUCUGUGUGAAAGUUGGUCUGAAUGGACAUCUUGAUGAUAUCUAAGUCAAGUUCGAAACUGGGUCACGUGCGGUCAAAAACUAGGUCAGUAGGUCUAAAAAUAGAAAAACCUUGUGACCUCUCUAGAGGCCAUAUAUUUCAUGAAAUUUUCAUGAAAAUUUGUCAGAAUGUUCACCUUGAUGAUAUCUAAGUCAAGUUCGAAAGUGGGUCACGUGCCAUCAAAAACUAGGUCAGUAGGUCAAAUAAUAGAGAAACCUUGUGACCUAACUAGAGGCCAUAUUUUCCAUGGAUCUGUAUGAAAGUUGGUCUGAAUGUUCAUCUUGAUGAUAUCUAGGUCAAAUUUGAAAGUGGGUCACGUGCCAUCAAAAACUAGGUCAGUAGGUCAAAUAAUAGAAAAACCUUGUGACCUCUCUAAAGGCCAUAUCUUUCAAUGGAUCUUCAUGAAAGUUAGUCUAAAAGUUCAUCUUGAUGAUAUCUAGGUCAAAUUUGAAACAGGGUCAUGUGCGGUCAAAAACUAGGUCAGUAGGUCUAAAAAUAGAAAAACCUUGUGACCUCUCUAGAGGCCAUACUUGUGAAUGGAUAUUCAUAAAAAUUGGUCAGAAUGUUCACCUUGAUGAUAUCUAAGUCAAGUUCGAAAGUGGGUCACGUGCCUUCAAAAAGUAGGUCAGUAGGUCAAAUAAUGAAAAAACGUUGUGACCUCUCUAAAGGCCAUAUUUUUCAUGGGAUCUGUAUGAAAGUUGGUCUGAAUGUUUAUCUUGAUGAUAUCUAGGUAAAGUUUGAAACUGGGUCAACUGCGAUCAAAAACUAGGUCAGUAGGUCUUGAAAUAGAAAAACCUUGUGACCUCUCUAGAGGCCAUACCCUUGAAUGGAUCUUCAUGAAAAUUGGUCAGAAUGUUCACCUUGAUGAUACCUAGGUCAAGUUUGAAACUGGGUCACGUGCCUUAAAAAACUAGGUCAAUAGGUCAAAUAAUAGAAAAACCUUGUGACCUCUCUAGAGACCAUAUAUUUCAAUGGAUCUUCAUGAAAAUUGGUCAGAAUUUUUAUCUUUAUAAUAUCUAGGUCAAGUUCAAAACUGGGUCACAUGAGCUCAAAAACUAGGUCACUAUGUCAAAUAAUAGAAAAAACGACGUCAUACUCAAAACUGGAUCAUGUGGGAAGAGGUGAGCGAUUCAGGACCAUCAUGGUCCUCUUGUUUGAAAUAGAAACGGAUAUAGGAGCCUGACUUUUGUAUUAAAAAUUGCAUUCUCAGGGCAUUUUGACAAGGAGUAUUUUGUUCAUUAAAUAUAAUGGCGAAGUUGUUCUAAUAGUUAUUAAAUUUGCCAGUUCUCUUAAUCAAGACUUUUCAAAAUUGGUUUAAGGUUAGACAUACAAGGAAUGUACUAAGUGUUUUUCUUGAUAGUUUAAGGUUCUUGAUAUCAUUUAUCUCUUUUAUGAAACAUAGUUAAGGUUAUGGAUAUGCUGAAAUGGAGAGUACUGAAAAUGACAGUGUUUUAUAAAUUCAGAUAUUAAUACAUUAAUAGAUUAAAUUAAGGUUGCAGGCGUCAGCCUUUUACACUGUUGAUAACAUUUUGUACCAAGGUAAAGUAGUUGUAUUUCAGUUGCUAUUGCCUGUAUUAUCUAUCCAGAUUAACUUGAACCGUUGGAAAAAUGUCGCUUCUGAAUCUGUGCAAAAUGUGCAGACCUAUAUUCCGGGCGUACAUUUUCCUUCAAAGUUGUAGUUUUUAGUUAUGUUUAGGAAUUUGAUAUUGGUGUGGACUGCUUUUACAAUGUUUAUAUACUCGUUGACUUCAAAAAGUUUUGUAUGAAAUCAAAGUUUUCUGGUCAUGUAUUGUUUGUUUUUCUGUCAAAGGUGCAUAAUCUAUAAUACACUGUCAGUGCCACUGUAUAUCCAGAUUAGAGGGAGGAUACUUAUAUUUUGAGUAAUAGUCAUGUAGUUAUGCACCUGUGACAAGGUUUAAUAAACAAAACAUUAAUGCUUGCUGUAUUUAUAUAGCUGUAUGAAUGGUUAUUACGAAGUAAUGGUAUGUGGUUUUCAUUUGCUCUUAAUUCUACAAUAUUGUCAUGUUUCCAUUUUAUUGUAAUUGUUCAUUUUAAUGAUUUAAAUUGUUUCCGCUUUUUGUUAAGAAAUAUGUAAAGUUUAAGCAAACCGUUAUGUUUAAAAAGAAUGGAAAGCUUGCUGUGUUGUCAAGCAGAACACCAUAUUGCGCUAAAUCUGAGUAUAGCUUUGAGCUCUUCUGAUGUAAAUGAGAUGUGGAACCAAAAUUUGUAGUCCUGUUUGUCGCCAUAUAACCUAUACUGUGUUGGUGUGCCGUAAAACCAAAUAAAUUGUGGAGACGAAACUUUUCUAGCUUCAUAUAUACUUAACACUAGGUUCUGAGGUUAUAAAACUGAGCUUGGAGUCAACUCUGCAAUUGGUCAUUUUCAAAUUUGAGCGCAGAAUUAACCUGUCACAUGCUGGCGUUUUUAUGACUGGUAUCCAGACUAUUUUUUUUUUAACAUUUGGCUAAGCCAAAAAAUGUCUGAUAUUCUCUCUGGUCAAGAAAUACAGUAUAUCCAUAAUACUGUCUCCUCAUAUGUAAUUUUAUAAUUAAAGGCACACAUAAUAUGUAUGACAUAAGAACAUUUACUGGAGUGAAUAUGAAGAAGGAAAUUCUUGAAUCUGAUGUACCACUUGAUUAUGACUGUUUUGUUGUUAAAUAUAUAUAUAUGUAUAUAAUUAAAAUAAGUAUUUUUACACAGGCUUAUAGAAGUUGGAAAUGCUGUUUAUACUGCCAUCUGAAUAUUUACACAAUUAUUUAUGUAAAUGUGAUCAUUUGUUUACUGCUUAAUGUUCUUUAAAUCUCACAAACGGAGUUGUUGUUUCUCCGCUUCUGAAGAUUUCACCUCUGUCAACUUCUAGGCUGUUUUUUUGUUAUGGAGUCUUGAAGGAGCCCACAAAAUACUUGUCAAGAAAAUAAGAGUCUUUAGUAUUGUCAAUCUUUGAUACAUGUAUCAUGAAAAAUUGCGUCAUAUAUAACUAGCAUGUAAUUUUUGAAAAAUUUCCUCUUCUGUACCUUUCGGCGUAACUGAACGGGCAGUAAAUUUUGGUUUAGGUUUAUGCUUGUACUCUGUUCCUAGUCAUGCUAGAAAAAAAAAUCGGCAAUCUUUAUCACAUGUUCUUAGAGGUAUUCUACUUGAUGUCAUAUGCAUUUAAAUAAAACCUAUCGGACGUUACGUUGUUGUUGCUCUACACGGACAGGGACAGGGAUGAAAAUGAGGCGAGACGUAACAAUUCUAUGUACGGAAAUAGGAAUGAUGGUUAUCGUGAUACAUGGUUGAAUGGUUAACUGUUGACAGUGGUGUACAAUGGAUAUGAGCCAAUGCUCCGAUUGUUUGAGCUAUAUGUGAGUGUACGUAAUUCAACGGACUGAAUGUGCAUUCAUAUACAUGAUGAAUACAUGUAUACUAUAACGUGUGACUAAGUAUGUUAACAUUUUUUUAUUCUUCGUUUUUUUUUUCAAUUAUUUAAGUCUUCAUACUCGCAUGGUGAUUGAUUACAUGUGUCUUUGUAAGUCUGUCUGUUCUUUGUAUAGGGUGGGCUAAAACACAGUGCUAUCACAAACUGAUAAAUUGUCUGUGUUGUGUUUAGUAUUUUAGAAGUGCUUUCUAUAAUGAGUUAUCGUGUUUGAACUUGUGCUUGUGUCAGUAUGAUACUUCCGUAGUUUAUACUUUUUCCGAAGAACAUUUAAAUGUAUAGAUUUAUCUUUAUUAUUUUGAGCUAUAAAUUAUUUUAUCAAUUACAUUGUGUACUUAUCAAUGAGAGGUUAAUAUGUUAUUAGAACGUAUUACUGUGUAGGGGAUAAGAAUAACACGAGAUACAUCGAUAUCUAUAAACGCAUGUUAGUGGUUCGAUAAAUUUAUUAGAACAUAUAAACUACACAGAUCGCAAUAGUAGGUUUUACAUUGCUAAACACGGAAAAUAUUUAUAUUACUUUAGAGAAAAAAAAUUGAAAUUUUGAUACUGAAGUUUGUAAUGAUAAAUUAUUACAAUGAAAAAUCUAAUAAUAAGUCAUGUCCUUUGAUAGGCCUUUAUGACCGAGUGUUGAAUUCACGGACAUUGAGUCACUGGAUUCCACUUUCUGUGUUUUUAGCCCUGAUUGUCAUGUCAUAUGAGGAGGCCAGUUAGCUGACUCGCAUAUUUGAGUUUUUGUACCCAGGUGUCCUCUGUGUCCGAAGUAAUUACUGGACGGGUAGCUGGUGUCUUCCCCUGGCAUUAAAAACUGAAAAGUCCUCGUAUAACCUGCAUUUUGUCAAUAUGACUUUAGACCGAAUAAAAUAAACACAGCCUCAGUUACUUUGAUAACACCUAUCAGAUAGGUAAACUUCCUUCGCUAAUAACCGGGGUUAUAGUGUAUGCAAGUUGUAUAGUAUGUAAAACAAAACCAGAAGAAAACCCACAAUAAGUUUGUUGGAAUGGUAUUGUCUGUAUAUGAAAAUAUGUUUUAGUCGUGAGCAUUUUAUUUUGUUUGAAUGAUCAUGUGUAUAUAAUGCACUUUAAGAAUUGUUGAAUAUAAUAUAUGAACUUUUGUAAUAUAGAAACUAUGUUGAAACUUAAUAAAAUGUCUGAAAAUCUGA